AUGCGUUGCCCGUUAUUACUUUUGGCGUUUGCGCUUGUCCCAAUUACAGCUCUCAACAUCCUCCUCACCUCUGAAGACUCGUGGGUUUCAGAAAACGUGCGCGUUCUCCACGAAACACUCUCCCAGUUUCAUAAGGUGAUCAUGGUGGCUCCGCUGUCGGAUGUCAGCUCCUUGGCAGGUGCCAUGUAUGUUAACGAGAAUCCCGUUCUAGACUCGGACGAUGAUGCCGAGUUUGGAUAUGCAGUCAAGGCUGGAGACGCAGUCUUUGGCCGUGAUCCUUCGAAUGACGAUAUCUGGUAUGUGGAUGCUUCCACAGUAGGCUCUGUGGUGAUUGGUCUUGAUCAUAUCAUUCCACAUCACUACAACAACGUUUCUAUCGACCUCGUUGUUGCUGGGCCCAAAGAGGGGAGCACCAUUGGACCUCUGGAGCAGCUUCAAUCGGGUGUCUUUGCCGCCAUGAGAUUUUGCUCGCUCAGAAACAUUCCUGCCAUUGCCAUAAGCACACUCGAUGAUAUCCAUCGUUUCUAUGACGGUUCCAGUGAGGAGGAAACCGUUUCCGCUCUCCAAAGAAAAGAAAAUGAUUCUUCUGCGAAAAUCGUUGCACAGAAAACCGUUCAGUUGGUGGAUAAACUCAUGAACCACAGUUUGGAUAAGGCGAUGUAUGGAACUCACCAAUCUUUUACCACCUCCAAGUCCAAAUACAUUGACCAGAGUGGCUCAAAGUUUCAUGAGGAAGAUUGUGAGCAUGAUCGCGCUGAUUCCCAAAAUACGACGCCCAGACUUUUGCCAGAAGGAAUGGGCUUAAGUGUGAACUUCCCCAUGUGUGGGUCACAAUCGCAAAUGCGGUGUCGUGAUCCAACCUUUGUUCACUCGAGAUCUGUUGGUUCUUAUUCUUUGACUCCAACAGCAGAGUACAUCGAUGGAAAGCUCCAGAUAUCAGGUGUUUACCAGAUCAACGAGUGGAAUGACUACAAAGCUUUUGCAGAUCUUCCAUCAGACAGAUCACUGUCAGAAUCUUGUUCGAUAAGUGUUACCCCUAUCAAUUCUAUGGGUGUGGAUGCAAAGUUCCCGGAACUGGCUGAGAUCUUGAACUACGAGACCUCGGUCGAGUUUGGCCAGCUAAUUGUCCAGAAUGAGAAGAGUUUAUUGGUGGAGCUUCUGAAUAGAUUGGGUCACUAA